AUGAUAGACCACAAUCAAUAUGUUUCUGAGGAAAGUAAUACCUCACAUGUGCCAAAGACAAUGUGCCUUGCUAUCAGUUAUGUAAAUCAAUUUUUUAAAUCACUGGAUAUUGAUGUGAUUUUCAUAGGAGUUGAGAUAUGGGCUGGACAAAAACUCCUUCUGAUUAAUAGCAUUAAAGCUCUCCUAGGAGUAUUUUGCAAAUGGAAGAACGGUGACUUUAGGACCCACUUGCCUCAUGAUCUUGCACUUAUUUUUGUAAAGAAAGCCUAUGGUGUUGAUCUGGGCUUGACCGAUGUGGGGACAAUAUAUAAUAUGUGCUUGAAUUGUGGAGUCAUUGGUUUCAUACAAGAAAAGUUGUAUGAUUUUGCAUUUAUGCUGUCGCUUGAGAUAGACCAUUCUCUAGGUAUGCUGCAUGAUGAUAAAACUUGUAAAUGUGGGAAUCAGGGGUGCAUAAUGUUUUCAAGGACAGUGACAACAACUAAAUUCAGCAACUGCAGUUAUGCUGCCUAUUGGAACAACAUGACAAGAACAGAAUGCACACGCCACCAAAUGCAGACAAUCUUCCAGUAUACAUAUUGUGGGAACAGUGUGGUUGAAGAUGGAGAAGACUGUGACUGUGGCUCCUUAAAUCUGUGUACAAAAGAUCCACACUGUCAGUCAAACUGUACUCUGAGUCCUGGGGCUACUUGGGCUCUUGGGCUUUGUUGCAAAGAUUACAUGAUCAUGCCAUCAGGUGACAUGUGUAGAGAACGGGAAAAUGAAUGUGACCUUCCCGAGUGGAGAGAUGGGAACACUAAUCAGUGUCCAGAAGGUGUGUAGAUGCAAGAUGGAGCCGAAUGCACAGGUGGUGGUUACUAGAGGUGCAGUAUCUAUGAUGAACAGUGUAGAGAAAAUUUUGGCAAAGAGGGUAAGAUAAUGAACAUCCAAGGUGACGUUUUCAGUAACUGUGGUACAAAAGGUUCUACCUAUGUACAGUGUAACAUAUCAGAUAUCCUGUGUGGGAGUGUUCAGUGUGAGAAUGUGACAGAAAUUUCUCUUCUGAGUGAUCAUUCUAGUGUACGUUGGACCCAUCCUGAUGGUGUCACCUGCUGGGGUACAGACUACCAUACAGGGAUGACAAUACCUCAUAUCGGUGCCAUGAUAGAUGGUACAGAGUGUGGUAAAGAGCAUAUCUGCAUCCAAAGGAAGUACGUCCACAUGUCGUAUAUGCCAAGAACUUAUACACCUAAGACCUGCAAUAUGAAUGGGGUCUGCAACAAUAGACAUCACUGCCAUUGCGACCAUGAGUGGAACCCUCCUAAGGAUGGGGUAGAAGGCUUUGGAGGUAGUAGUGGCAGUGGUCCGCCCCCCCCCCCGCCCCCGCCCCAAGAAGAACGCAAAGAUACAAAAGAAGUUUUGCAUAAUGCUACUUGGGCUAAUUCCUUUUUUGAUUCUAUCAUUUCUAGAUCCCAGGACUUUGAGGCCUCCACCAAAUCCCUGAAGUUCAGCACCAGGUUGGCCAACCCUCUCCUCAGAGGUCAGAGUCCUAGAGCCACGGGACCUACUCCGAACCUUUCUCAGCACUUGGCAUAUAAUGGUUGUCGCAGUAGUAUCAGUAGUAACGACGACAGCAAACAGUUAUUGGCGCUAACUGCUGUCCUGAGUGUGAAUCUUACCUCUCAUAAAAACCUGUUAAGUGGAUGA